AGUCGUGUCCCGGUCGGUGGUUUGCUCGGACACCCGGGACCGCGAGGAAUAUGAUAACGGCGAGAAGCCCCUCCAUGUUUACUACUGUUUGUGCAGCCAGAUGGUCCUGGUGCUGGAUUGUCAGUUAGAGAAAUUGCCCAUGAGACCCCGGGACCAGUCUCGCGUGAUUGAUGCUGCCAAACAUGCUCAUAAGUUUUGUAACACAGAAGAUGAGGAGACUACCUAUCUUCGGAGGCCUGAGGGCAUUGAACGUCAGUACAGAAAGAAGUGUGCAAAGUGUGGGCUGCCGCUCUUCUACCAGUCCCAGCCAAAGAAUGCUCCUGUGACCUUCAUCGUGGAUGGAGCCGUAGUGAAAUUUGGCCAAGGCUUUGGGAAAACCAAUAUAUAUACCCAGAAGCAGGAGCCUCCUAAGAAGGUUAUGAUGACCAAACGGACUAAAGACAUGGGCAAGUUCAGCUCUGUUACUGUGUCUACCAUUGAUGAAGAAGAAGAAGAGAUAGAGGCUCGGGAAGUUGCUGACUCCUAUGCACAGAAUGCCAAAGUGAUUGAAAAACAGCUGGAGCGCAAAGGCAUGAGCAAGAGGCGACUGCAAGAGCUGGCUGAAUUGGAAGCCAAGAAAGCAAAAAUGAAGGGGACCCUGAUCGACAACCAGUUCAAAUAAUCUGGAUCUUUUUGUGUUCAGGCUGGAGGCUAGCACUUAGAUCAUGAAAUCAAGAAGCUAUUUCAUCUUGGUCUAGUUUCUAUGUCCCAGGAAAAGAUUGUCUGACCAUCCCAUU